CAAAUAGUAGAUAACGUGUUGGAUUUAAAAAUUCCGGACUUUAAGUUUUUUUGUUAAAUAUUUGCUAUUAAAAUGGAAGAUUGGUUAAAAACUCGUUUAUCAAAAUGUUUAAACUUUGAGAUCCCAGAGGAUAUGAUACGAUAUAUUUUGUCAUUGAAAACAACAGAUGAAGUGGAUGAAUAUUUCGAAACGUUACUCAAUUAUGAUGUGGAAGAUCACAAAAUUUUUUUAAAUGAUUUCAAGCAAAGAAAAUUUACUAAUAAAACAAAAAAUCCCAAGUCAAAUUUUAACAAAUCAGUGAGCAAAACAUCAAACAAAGAUGAUAAAAAAAGUGAUUUUCAAAAGGAUAAUAUUGCUCUUAGCAAGAAAAAAACAAAAUAUACAAAUUUAUAUAAUCAAGACGGUCAAGUUACUACAACGUUAAUUCCUGGCCGACAUCAUUGUGAUUGUCAAGCAAGCAAACAUAAAUUAAUUAAUAAUUGCGGAAGAUGUGGUAGAAUAGUGUGCUUUCAAGAGGGAAGCGGUCCUUGUUUAUUUUGUGGAAAUUUGGUUUGUUCAGAAGAAGAAUUAAAACUAAUUAAAACUUCUUCAAAAAAGGGAGAUAACUUGAAAAAAAGUUUAAUAGAACAAAAUCGUCCAAAAGGUUGGGAAGAAGCAUUAGCUCAAAGAAAUCGUUUAUUAGAAUAUGAUAGAACAAGUGAAAAACGUACUACAGUUAUAGAUGAUGAAUCAGAUUAUUUUAAGACAAACUCCGUUUGGCUUUCUGAGUCUGAGAAAAAAAAACUCGCCCGAUUAGAAGAAGAAAUGCGAGCUAAAAAACAUGCAAGUCGACUUUCAAAAAAAAUUACAAUAGAUUUUGCUGGGAGAGAAAUAAUUGAAGAACCAACCAUUACUACAGAAUAUGAGGAUGAAGUAUUAAAACAAAUAGCUAAAUCUUGUGGGAAUGAUCCAUAUUCAAAUGUAUCAAAUAAAAAAUAUAAAAAUGAAGACAUGUCACAUGAUGUACAUCCGUUUUUAAAUGCUCCACUUCCUAUAUAUGUUCCCACAAAUAAUUCUAAAAGUUUAGAAAAAGACACGGAAAGAACUUAUGGUUUUGAUGGAGUUUACAAUCGAGUCCAAGAUAAAGAGCUAUUAGAAAUACAAGAUAUGAGAAACUGCCUUUCAAUGCAUCAACCAUGGGCAAGUCUUCUUGUAAUGGGCAUAAAAAAGCAUGAAGGUAGACCCUGGUAUACAUCUCAUAGAGGACGUUUAUGGAUUGCUUCAACAGCAAAACAAGUAGAUAUUGAAGAAGUAAAACGUAUGGAACAUUUUUAUAGAGUAAUUUAUAAUGAUGACAAUAUAAUUUUUCCAACGCAAUACCCCUCUGGUGUACUGCUAGGAUGUGUUUCAGUUCAAGAUUGUUUACCACAAGAAGAAUAUCGAAAAAGUUAUCCUGAUGGAGAAUCUGAUUCGCCUUAUGUUUUUAUUUGUACAAACCCGCAGGAAUUACCUAUCAAAUUUCCUAUUAAAGGGCAACAUAAAAUUUAUAAACUAGAUCAGAACAUUCACACGGCUGCAGUUAAAUCUUUGCAAAGGUUAGCUAAACUGAAAUGUGAUAACGAAAUAUAAAAUUAUUUAAUGAAUUCAAAUUUAAUUACUUUGAGAUUAAAUAAAAAUAUUAAUUUAUGAAUAAAUUUAUUUUUCUUAUGGUCUAUCUUAUUUUCUGAAAAGUGAAAUUCAUUAAACGUUUUUAUAAAAAGAAUGAA